AUGCGAGGCUGUCAAGCGCCGACGGGGAGCCGCACCGACGCGUUGGCAAAGCAGCCUGCGUUAUUUCAUGUCCGCUAUGGCGCCAGCACGCGUUGGCCGGCACCGACAGCGGGCAUCCUCGGCUCCGGAUUAUUUUUUCCCACGCCGGGUUGCGCUCGGCAACCCCUCCAAAGCGCGACAUCCUUCCUUAGAGGUGGCCUUGCACCAAUCCAGCUGCAGCCGUGCUUAGCUUCGAAUAGCAGCUCUGAACACGGGCCGCUUAGCGCGGAGGAGGAGGAGGCCUAUCAGGAGUUCAUGCUGCAGCGUAAGGCGGAACGCAAGGCCUGGAAGCUCGAGGUCCGCCGUAGGGCCAAAUUUGAUCCGAUGGCAGCUCCGGGCCCCGGCGCGGAGCCGACGGCCGCGGCCUUGCAGGCUCUCAGUCGGCCCAAGGCGCCGCCGGCGGCGAAGCCAGGUCGCCUUCCGCAGCCAAAAAGCGACGCCGCCGCAGCCUCCGCCUCCGGCCCCGCCAGCAGCAGUGGCGGCUCCCCUAGAAUCAUCGACCUGGCUGCAGCCCCGCAGAAUUCCCGUCGUCACCGACCGCUACAGGGCCGCCGCGUGACGGAGGAGGAGGAAGAGGAGGAGGAGGAGGAAGACGGGGGCCUGGACGUGGGUGGCUUGGCGGCUAUGGCGCGCAAGGUGCUGGAGGACGAUGAUAAAGAAGCGACAGCGACGGCAGUGCCUGUAGCCAGCGGCAGCAGCACGCGCAGGUCGAUGCCGACAGCGGCGGCGGCGGCGGCGGCGGCUACCAGGACCCGGCGGCCAGGGGCUACGGCACCUAAGCGGCAGCUCAUGCCCAUCGCGCAGCUGCAACGGCAACGGGCGGCAGCGGCGGCGGCAGCUGCAAGUCCUCCGACUGUCGAAAGGGACGGUACGACAACGACGACGGAGGGCCAGGAUGAGGACGAGCUUGAUUGGGAGGCGCUGCAGGUGCUGAAUGGAGCGUACGAAAAGUACGAGCAAUACGUCAACGAAGUGGCGGAGGAGGAGGAGCGUGCUGCGGCCAGGCGGGCCGCCUCCGCCGCCGCAACGACAUCCACCUCCGCGGCAGCCGCCGCCGCUGGACUCGGGGAGAAGGUCGCCGGCUCCGACGGACCCCGUCGCGCCGCCGCUGCCGCCGCCGCCGCCAUCACCUCCACCUCCCCAGACCCCGUCGACAAGCUCGACAGGCAGUUGGAUCAGUGGGAGCAGUUGAUCAACUUCUUCGAGGUGGUCGAGCGAGACGGCAAAAGAGAGGAGGCGCGCAAGCGGAGGCGCCAAGCACAGGCGGAGGCGGAAGCGGAGGUGCUAGCCCCCACAAAGGGCCCAAUGAAGCAGCAGCGCGGCAAGACGACAAACAGUGGCGCCGCCGCCGCUGCCUCCGCCGCUGUAACGGCAGUCGGCGGUGCGGGUUUUGGGGAGUUGUCUAGUCUGUCUGGUUUACGGCAUGAUGGAGAUGGCGUCAGCGAUGACGAGGAGGCGCAGGGGGAGGUUGAGGUGGACUGGCAGUCCCUGGAGCGGUUGUUCCUCGGCGAGGGCUGGGAGGCGGAGCUGGCGGAGUUGAAGGCCCGGGUGGAGGCGGGCGAGCAGGAGGCGGCUGCAACCCCGGGGGGGAAGGGUCCUUCAGAAGCGGAGGAGGAGGUGGAGUCCUGGCGGGAUGAGGUGAGCACUCUGCUGCUGGGGCUGGAGGAGCGCGCAGCGGCGUUCUGGGAGGCCCCGUUCCUGCUGCUGGUGCAGGACGACUCGGGUGACCCCCUGGUGGAGUACGUCAACCGCUCCGCCCUGUCGGCCCUGGGCAUGGACAGCUUCGACGAGGCCACCGCGGGACUCAGCGCCGCCAGUCUGGUGGACCCCACCCACCCGCGCUCGCAACAGGAGUGGCUGUGGGCGACAACGGAGGCCGCGGAGCGGUCGGAGAGGUACGCCACCAUUCCCUCCCUCCGCCUGCGGGGCCCGGGACCCGGUGCCCCCUCCGUGCUGUGCUCCGACGUCACUGUGUUCCGCGUGGACUCUCUGGAGGAGCAGGCCAUCGGUCAGGCAGUGGUGGCCCGGAGCUGGAGGCAGAUGAUGCCGGGGGAGGGAGAGGGAGAGGGGGAGGGGGAGGGGAGCCGGCGGGUAUGA